GCUAUUUGGGAAAACCUGAUGUUCAGGUCACCGGGUUUAAAAACACAUUCAGUUAGCAAAUCUUGAUCUCGUUAGAACAAAUACUUGUUGAAAUGUUGAAACAUUUUCGUGAUAUUUUCACCAUUCAGGUAUUUUGAAAACGAAACUACUAUUGCGCAUAAUUUCGGAACAGGACGUUAUUUUUCCACGAAGAAAUAUUUCAUUGUUGCAAAUUCCGUACGUCGAACAGCACCUUAUUUUGGAAAACAAUACCAAUGGCAGACGACAAUUCAAAAUGUACAAAGCUCAUAUCAGCCGCUUUGGAUUUUGGAACCACAUACAGCGGGUAUGCAUUCUCGUUUCGCGACAGGCCAAACGAUAUACACACGAAUCCAAGCUGGGUGGCAGGUUCAGAGAAGCUUAUAUCGCUGAAAUGCCCUACUUCCGUACUACUUAAACCAAACAAGGAGUUUCAUUCGUUUGGGUUUGAGGCGGAAAACAAGUACGCUGAUUUGGCUGAGGAAGAUGAACACCAUAACUGGUACCUAUUCAGGCGUUUCAAAAUGUCUCUUUAUGAAACAAAAAAUUUGCAAUUUGACACACCUGCAGAAGACAUUUCGGGCAAGAAAAUGCCAGCUAUAGAUAUUUUUUCGCAUUCAAUUAGUUUUCUGAAGAAUCAUCUUUGGAAAACUAUACAAUCAAGGACAACAGGAAUCCUCGAAACUGACAUACAGUAUGUGAUUACUGUUCCAGCAAUUUGGGACCAAAAGGCGAAGCAGUUCAUGAGGAGGGCUGCCAAUAAGGCAAACAUUCCUAACGAUCAGAUACUAUUUGCACUUGAACCAGAGGCAGCAUCUGUAUGGUGUCAAGUCUUAACAGACGACAAACUCAGCAAUCUUUCGGAACCACUUGCUAAAUAUAUGGUGGUAGAUUUAGGAGGCGGAACGGCCGAUAUUACUGUCCACCAAAAAAUGGCUGAUGGUAGUCUGAAAGAACUCCAUAAAGCAAGUGGAGGAGCAUGGGGCGGAAAUGAAGUAGACAAAGCCUAUUUGAAAAUGCUUUCUGAUAUGAUAGGACCAGAAGCUAUCGAAAAGUUCAAGCGAGAACAAAUGAUUGAUUACUUUGACCUUCUUAGGGAUUUUGAGACCAAAAAAAGAACGAUAACAAGAGCCAUUGAUGGGAAAAUGACUUUCAAAAUUCCAGCUAGUUUACGUGAGUUAGGCGAGUCGGAUGGUGUAAAGAUGCAGGACAAAGUUGCAAAAUCACACAGUAAGACAAAGAUCACAUGGACUGGAGACAAACUAAGAAUUGAAAAGGCUGCUGCAAAAGCCCUGUUUGAAACUCCUCUGAAUAUGCUAAUCUGUCAUAUCGGAAAGAUGUUUGCGGAACCGACAGUACAAGAUGUUGAUGUUAUACUCCUUGUCGGUGGCUUUGGAGAAUGUGAACUAGUGAAAGAAGCAUUUGAAAACAAAUUUGCAAAUAAGCGAUUAAUGAUUCCUCCAGAGGCAGGUCUAGCUGUUCUUAAAGGAGCUGCGCGCUUUGGUCAUCUUCAAGAUAUAGUGCAAACAAGGGUAGCAAGAUAUACAAUUGGAUGGGAAUCAUUGUCCUUUUUCGAAGAACACCAUGAUCCAGCUAAAAAAAUUAUUGUCGGCGGACAAGAUCUCUGUAAAGAUAUCUUCCAAAAAUUAAUUGAAAUCGACGAGGAAAUUCCCAAGUACAAGUUCUUCGAAAAAGAUGCAGGAGCAGCUUAUGCUGAGCAAAAAUUCGUUGCGAUCAAACUUUUCAGUUCAACAAAUCGGCAUGUAAAAUAUACCACAGAGCCAGAAUGUCAAGAAUUGGGGCGUCUUGAUAUAAAAUGUCCGGAUUCGUCAAAUAUUUCGGACAAAAAAAUGAAGAUAUAUUACUUCUUUGGCGAUACUGAAAUUCACAUUCGAGUAAAAUUUUUGAAUACAAACGAAGAAUACGAAAAAUGGAUUGACUGUUUCUCCGGUUAAUUGCAUAAACAGUGCUAUUUGUAAAAUAAAUAUGUACACAUCAGAUAUAAAGUGAUCUAUUAUUACCUUGCCAUAUCCGUGUUUGAAACUGUACAAAUUACCUAGGCAAAGAUCAAUAUUUCUGUUUUGAAUUUGAUACCGCAAAUAUGACUGCCCUUAGAUGGAUGGUUAAAUCCACAAGGGUUUGAGGAAGGCAUUCAGAAGGCUUAUUUAUAGUAUUGUAAUAGAAUUCUCCUUUUCAGAAUGAAAGUCAUGAUAUUAUGAUACAAAUAAACGUUUAGCAUACAAGUAACUAUUGAACUGGUGUAAUAUAACAUAAUUAUAAUACAAGGACUGAUAUCAGUUUUAAAAGGUUAAAGGUCAUACAUUUUUUUCUAUAAGUGAAUUGUUUCUUACACAAAUUCAUCUUAAGAUAAGAAUGUCAUCAUGGUUGACAUUUCUCCUUGUAAAAGAGUACUCUACAUAAGGAUACGUAACACUUGUGAGAAUUAAUCCAGGAUACAGAUGUUUCUUUUAGCGAAUAUCUUAAUUAACCUCGGACAGGUACAGGAAGAGAUUCUCGCCACAUAAUGGCAGACGUAUUGGAACAUUCUGACGAUACUGCCUUGUCCCAUUCAUAGUAUUUAAAAAUGGCGGACCACACCUUUGGGACGACUUCAACGUUUUAGGGCUUAGCCAUUUGUUAAUGUAUCAUUGUUAUGACUGAGGAUUAAUAUUUAUGCGAAAUAACUUGAAGCCUGAUGCAAGUCGGGUAUUUCAUGUCAUUUCUAACAUUAUAUUGUGUAUGUACCAUAUAUUAUUAGCGUUACAAAUUUCUUCUGCGUAUAUCACUACGCUCAGCGUGUAAUGCUCCAGCUUUUUGUCAAUAUGUUAUCUCAUAACGUAUAUUAUGUGUAAGUAUGGGUCUUUUCCUUUCAGCCGUCGUGUAGUACUUGAGUAUGUAAUGUAAUGCACUUUUAUCAUUAUUAUUGUGAAAUAUUGAUUUGGGCGUAUCACAGAACCUAGUCUUAAGCCGGGAUUUCCAUUGGCCAAAGCCGUUGCCAUUUGCGCUCCGAAGGUUAUGAAUACAGGCGUCUGUUUUCAGUCAGUAUCUUCUUCUCAACCAUAAAACCUUGAAAGGCGACUCUCACAGACAAGACGUUUCUAUUUAUAUAUACAAUAUCGACGCAUGCAAGGUAUUUAUAUCAACGCAUCUCGUGUUAAUCGCAACAGCCACUUGUAUUUGCAUGCUUUAUCGAGGGAGAUGUUGAUGUGCAACUACCGAGGGGGGUAGGUCCUUACAGCAUAAAUUCGAAUGUUUAUUUGUUUGCUUUGUUGGGCUAAACAUCACAUCGACAUAAUUGUAGGUGAGAUGUCAAUUUCCAAGCUUUUGUUGGUAGCGGAAGACAACAGAUUCCCGUCCGGGGAUUAUUUCAUCACUGCCGGGCUCCUGCGUAAAACCACCGCCCUUCCGUAAAAUUUCCACUUAUAAAAAUAUCUACACUCCCUGGGAAGUUUUGGGUAUACGCUACAUAUUUAAAAUAAGAACUACUAUGAACUUAAAAACGACAAGAGGCAAAAUGUAAUAGUUGUUUGGAGGCCUUAGCUAAAGAAGUAAAAAGUCAUAAAAGUAAACACAUAAUGAGUUCAGGUGCCUGUUUAUAAAACAGAAUACUGACAUACUAUUAAAUGAACCACUUUAAUAUGCAUUAAAACACUACACAAUUGAAUAUUUAGACGCGGUGAUUAAAUAUAAAUUAUUUCGCAGUCGGAUCCAUUAAAUUAAAUACGACACUACGACUAGUUUACUCAAGACUAUGAUAAUGUCUUUGUCUUAUUCUUUUGUUUAUAAUCAUGAUUUUCUUGCUUACAAUAAAAUUAG